AUGACCUACAACUGGUGGACUUCGGCGACGAGCCCUCCAACCAGGUGCUCACUGGAUGCCCAGCGCUGGUACCUCGGCGACGACGACGACGACAACAACAACAUCACCGAUGGCCUCGAAUAUCUCGCUGGUAGCAUACAGGGAGUCUGGAAAGCCCGCUCAGGCCGGAAACGUGACCUUAACAGCCAAAGUUUGACUGCGAACGCGUUUCGGUACGGUUUCGGAUACCCAGGCUGGAUCUGGAGCCACUGGAGAGCCCAAAACUCAGCGAUCAAGCGCCGGCGAUCCAAGUCGCAAACGGACCGGGAACGCCCCGCUGGAGCCAAGUGGUCAAAUGGCCAAAUACCUAGCCUGCUCGCCUCGCACAUCCAGUUCCCAGGUCGUUACCCGACCCAUCUCGGCCUUCAACUCUGGGCCCUCAUCCAGCCCCAAAAGUCCACCCGAGGACAAAGCCGCGCCAACCGUCCGCCGCACGAUGAUGCCCUGGUAUGCAACUUGGCGAGCUUCGGGCAUGGCAUGUUUGCACUCAAGCUGGCACCCGUGCUGAACUUGCACCCCGACAUGGAUUGUCAGGCAGGUUCCGGUGUGGGCUGCCUGACUCGCAGAGCAUCAUCCGGCUUCGAAACGCCCCAAAAACGCCCCAAAAACGCCCGUUCAGCCGAGUAUUCCGCCGGCCGACUUGGCGACGUCGCACUGCUGGCUGCCCGAGCGCGCCCGUCCUUUGCGCAGCAAUGGUCUCGGAACAACGCUACCUACUGCGCAUAUAUCGCAACCGUCGCUCGGUCCGUUUCUUUGACUUCUGCGUCGGGCACGGAGCCGGCGAAUCCCUAG